CCCCCUUAUGUUUUUUAAUUUACGUCACCGCAAUUUUCUGUUGCCACUUGGAGGAUUGUAAACAUAUGUUUUAUUGCUAGCUACACAGAAAGCAGAUAGCCAAAACGUACGAGAUAAUUGUUGUAUUCUGCCUGUAUCAUACAAUUGCUUUGUUUCUCAGUUCUGUGUAAUAACUGCACAUAUAUCAGCUGUUUAGUGGUCUGAAGCUAGCUAGCUGUCAUAAUAAUCAACACAAGAGACAGCAAGAAGACAAUAUAGCAAUCGUUACUGCAAAGCUGACAUAAUGGCAUCGUUGGCUGCACACGAGCCGAAUAUAAGCCCAAAUUCCAUACCAGUCCUCGCAGACGCUCUGAUGCCCGCGAGCAUUUUCGCUCCGGAUGGAGGAGGUUGUGGAGAUCAUGACGCCGGGGAAGAGUGCCUCGAGGACGGCGACCUCUUCAACGGCGAGACCGGGGAUCUCGGUAUUGACUUCACUAGCAAGGUGGCCCUGGUCAGCCCUAAUGGAGAGCAGUAUGACUCGUUACUACGACAACUCCGGGAGAGGAUGGACGAGGGUUGUGGGGAGACCAUCUACGUUGUUGGGAUGGGCUCAGACGGAGGUGACUAUGGUCUGGAUGAGGGAGACAUGGAGGCGUCUGUAGCCACAGUUCAGUCCCUGUGUGAGCAGACCGAGUCAGAGCUGAUCCUGCUGAGGGAGCGUAUCGAAGCUGGGGGGCAGGUACGCGACUACCUCAUCCGCCGACGCGUGGGUGAUCAAGACUUCUUGGAGGUCAGGGUAGCGGUGGUGGGUAACGUGGAUGCAGGUAAGAGCACCCUGCUGGGGGUGUUGACCCACGGGGAACUGGACAACGGCAGGGGGUUCGCCCGCCAGAAACUCUUCAGGCACAAACACGAAAUGGAGAGUGGCAGGACCAGCAGUGUGGGGAAUGACAUCCUGGGCUUCGACCAGAAGGGACAGGUGGUGAAUAAGCCAGACAGCCAUGGUGGCAGUCUAGACUGGACUAAGAUCUGUGAGAGGUCCUCUAAGGUCAUCACCUUCAUAGACCUAGCUGGACAUGAGAAGUAUCUCAAGACCACAGUGUUUGGAAUGACUGGACACCUGCCUGACUUCUGCAUGCUCAUGGUGGGCAGUAAUGCAGGUAUCGUAGGGAUGACUAAGGAGCAUCUAGGUCUGGCCCUGGCCCUCAAUGUGCCUGUGUUCGUAGUGGUCACCAAGAUAGACAUGUGUCCUGCCAACAUCCUACAAGAGACGUUAAAGCUGCUCCAGAGGUUACUAAAGUCCCCAGGCUGCAGAAAGAUCCCUGUUCUGGUCCAAAACAAAGAUGACGUCAUCGUCACAGCCUCCAACUUCAGCUCUGAGAGGAUGUGUCCAAUCUUCCAGAUCUCCAAUGUGACAGGAGAGAACAUGGACCUGCUGAAGAUGUUCCUCAACCUGCUGUCUUCUAAAACCUCCUACAGAGAAGACGAACCUGCAGAGUUCCAGAUAGAUGACACCUACUCAGUACCGGGUGUAGGCACAGUCGUUUCAGGGACUACUUUACGUGGAUUGAUACGUCUGAAUGACACAAUGUUGUUAGGCCCAGACCCACUGGGCAGUUUCCUCCCCAUUGCAGUCAAAUCUAUCCACAGGAAGAGGAUGCCAGUCAAGGAGGUGAGAGGUGGACAGACUGCCUCCUUCGCCCUCAAAAAGAUCAAGCGUUCAUCCAUAAGGAAAGGCAUGGUGAUGGUGUCCCCCAGGUUAAACCCACACGCAUCAUGGGAAUUUAUGGCUGAGAUUCUGGUUCUGCACCACCCAACUACGAUAUCACCCCGCUACCAGGCCAUGGUGCACUGUGGCAGCAUCAGGCAGACAGCCACUAUCCUGACCAUGAACAGAGACUGUCUACGAACAGGGGACAAGGCAUCGGUCCACUUCCGCUUCAUCAAGACCCCCGAGUACCUCCACACAGACCAGAGACUGGUGUUCAGAGAGGGACGCACCAAGGCUGUGGGCACCAUCACCAAGCUGCUGCAGUCGACCAAUAAUAUGCCGUCAAACUUCAAACCCCCGCAAAUCAAAAUGCAGUCUACGAAAAAGGCCCCGUACCGCAGAGAGGAUGGAACCACGCCUGCCAAUGAGGACGAAGCGAGCACAGCCCGACCAGACAGUCCGCACCAAUCACAACAACUGACAGAGGGGGAGGAUGACCCUCAGAGUAAUGAGGGAAACAAAGAGAGCAAGACAAAGUCAGGAGGAGGGAGCAGGAGACGAGGAGGACAGAGACAUAAAGGCAAAUCAAACCAGAGCAGCUCCACCACAGCAGCCCCGUCAUCAGCAGGCACAGGAGGUUCCUAAACGACACCCCUCUCAGCCCCCAAACUACAGUACUUCCUCCAUCCACCUGUUUCAGCAGACAACUACCCCCCCUUCCCAAAACUACUCCACUACAAACCCCUGUCAAAAAAAAUGGGGUCAUAAAAUGUCCCUUUCCCAACCCCUCUCCCUCUAUACCACCCAUCUAUCUAUCGCCUUAUCAAGUGUCUUUAUCACUCACACCAGAGAAAGUCUAGGUGAAAAGCAGCUCCCAGCUCUGUGCUUGUAGAUGGUUACCUCUGCCUCCUCAUCUUAUCUCUGAUUAGUUUAGAAAGCAUCCUUAUAUUUACAGUAUAUGAACCUGAUAUGCCUUCUUUCAUUGGGUCUACGGUGAGAAUCACUGUAAUACUGUGUAUAGUUAAUCAUGGGCCCGAAGCCACAUGGGCAGCUAUUCCCUUACAGUAGAGUAACCCAGCUCCAUGCACUAUAGCUCAUUGUUUCACUGUUUAGCAGGCAUACUAGUUACUCUCAUUUCCUAUUUACCACUAGAAUCCCCCAAUAUGACAUAAUGAAGCAUGUUUUCUAUUUAAUUUUAUACUAAAAUGUGAAGAUUAAUGAAAGGAAGUAAGGUCACAACUGACAUAGUGAAUGGUACAUUUUAGUGGGCCUUCAUUAUGAGUGAAAUAUUGUAGAUAAGAUGUUUAAUUGGCCAUUUAUGACCGAAAGGAAAGCCAGGGUUUGUCUGACUAUCAUCACACCCUUUCUCAAGUCCGUCCUCCAUGGCCCAGAAAGGGAUUGAGUGUUUGUGGGUGAAAUGGAAAAAUAUCCUCCUCUCCUCGAUAGCCACCUUUCAUGGAGGACAGUCAUGUGUAUCUUCCUCUUUGAAGAGUUUACAACUAUACUACACCCCCUGUGAAUCAGCUGUUGUCUAAAUAAAUGUAAAUGCAUUUCACUUUACACUUAUUUUGGGAUCACACCUGUAAUUUUCCUGAGCAGAGGAGUCGUCAUUUAUCCACGUUCGUCAUUUUUCAGGAGGCGAGAGGAGUUGAAGGCAACUUGUCCUGUCUAAAAUGAUUCCAUUUACACUGAAAAUAAGGUUUAUUUAAGAAUAUAAUGUACACUUGAUUAGCAACUGUUUCAGUGAGACAUUGAUUGUAAUAAUAGUUGCAGUGCUGUUUGGACCAUCACUGUUUACAUAGUUGUGGAAUUCUGUUUGCUUCUGACAUUCACCAAUAAAAACAGGCUUUAUUGAUCUCUGAUUGGU